AUGAAUCUGAGAGCAUUGGGUUUUAUGCUUGCUUUGCUAGCACUUCAAAGCCAAAGGUAAGAAUUUAUUUCACGUACAAUUUCCCCCAGCUAUUUUGAUAAUUCUAUUAUCGACAAUUUAAAAAUUUAUAAAAUUAAGUCGACUCCUCUAAAUUUUGUAAAUUUCUUUAUAGUCACGUGGAAUCAGUUUCGGUUCCUUUUAUUCCAUCAAUGAUGCUUGGUCGUACGUUCGACUAUUCGAAGUCCGCAGUUGGAGUCGACAUAUACGAUGCGAGCGUCCGAGAUAACGCUGUCGUGAGACACGUCGACAGGUCUGACGUCAAGUUUAAGAUGAUCAAAAGCAGUGAAGAUGUGAGAGACGUUCUGGAUGUUUCCGGACAGUUGUCUCUGAAAGUUAUGGCGGGCGUUGUGGACGUUGAAGGGAGAGGAUCUUACCUGAAAAGUUCAAUUGAGAGUGGAAACACAAUUGAAGUUUUGGCGCAAAUAUAUUAUCGCACAGUAAGUGACUUAAGCCGGUUUUCCACUAGGCGGAAUUUUGCGCGCGGAGCGGAAUCUUUCUUUGUCUUUUCUAAUUAGUUCCACCCGAGAAAUCACAAGACAUUGAUUUCUCGGGUGGAACUAAUUAGAAAAGACAAAGAAACAUUUCGCUCCGCGCGCAAAAUUCUGCCUGGUGGAAUCAGUGUCGAAUUAUUAUCAAGUCCCGUACACGGACGAGCAAGUUUCCUUCGCAAGUUUCUUGACGAGUUUACUUGCUCCUGUGUAAAUUCGUAAAUCAGCUACUUUCAGUUCCUUUAAACUCGAUUGCACAAACAUUAUUUCAACGACGGCAAUGGCCUCUUUCUUAAGGUAACGAAGACAAUCACAGAUGACAAGCAACCAAUAUCCGGCUGGGAUAGUAAAUCAAUUGUUGGCCAACAUUACAUACGCAGUAUAACAUAUGGCGGUUACCUGAUUGCGUCAUUGAAGUUUACAGCAAAGAAGACUAGCACUAAAGAACACAUAAAAGCAAGGCUAUCAGCAAGUUUGAAUGCAGGUGUAAGUCUCAGUGUUAAAGGUCAAUUUGAGAAGCUUACACAAGCUGCUGGAGACACUGCUUCAAUGUCCAUCUAUUACACUUCCAGCACGAUACCUGACCUAGCUCCUAUUAACCUCACGACACUUCUGACAAUUAUCGACAAUUUUCCAGAAAAGGUUUGUACCGUGAACCAUACAAAUAUUUCACAUAAUAUUUCACAUGUGAAAAUGCCAAUUUGAUAUGUGAACUGCUGCAUUCCCACUUAUGAAUUUGUUGAAUUUCACAUGUGAAAUAUGAUCAAAUGCUCAAUUCAAUUUAGAUCAAGUAUAACGCCUACCUAAGCACAUACAAUCUUAACUAACUUUUUAUAUUUUACAACAAUUGUGAUGCAUGUUACUUAACUGUGUUUAUCCUAACCCACUCUGUCAACCUUCCCUGUGGAAGGAAACCUAAGCACUCGGAGAAAAUCCACGGCUUUUGGCAGGUAUGAAAUCUUUUUCAGAUAUGAAAUGUUUCAAUUCCAUACAUAAUUUCAUAUAUACAUGGAAUAUCAUGAUGUAAAAUUAGAGUAUAUCAAAAAAUAUUAGACUACUGAAUUCCAAACAGAACUUGAUAGUAAACAUUAUCCCAACAUUACAUUCUAAAAAAGAAUAUUUGAAUUUAAAAAAUGGAUCAUGCAUCGAAUCUUAAGAAUGAACUUGGAAUCCAAAAAAUGAACCAUUUAAUCCUACGACUGAAUUAUUGAAUCCCCAAAAUUGAAUAUUCUUGAAUCAUAUAUCAGAUUUUUAAAAUCAUUGAACCCAAGAAUUUAUGUUGAGACUUGAAUCUUAAGAUUGAAUCAAUGAAUGCUAAUAAUAAAUAAUUGAAUCCUAAGAUUGAAUCCAUGAAUCCUGACAUGGAAUCUUCGUCUCCUAAGAUUCAAUUAUUUUAUCUUAAGGUAUCGAAUCCUAAGAAUAAAUAACUGAAUUUUAAUUAAUACCAUUAAACAGUAAGAAAGAAUUACUGAACCCAAAAGAUUUAAUCACUAAAUCCUAAGAAUGAUUUUUUUUCAACAUUUUAUAGAUAAGGAAUACGAAUGAAGGACUUGGAGUCCCAAUAAAAGUUGAGAUACGGGAACUCGGUUACCUAACACAGAAAACCAAGUUCAAAUUCUUAGAAAACAGUGGAAAUGUCGGUCCCAAUAUUGAACGAUUAGGCAAGAUGUAUCACGAUAUCAUGGUGGCACUAAAUGAAAUAAGGAAGAAACUUAAAGAUGCAAGAUUAACCGACGCACAGGAAACAAAAUAUGGAAAAUUUUAUGACAAAAUUAUGCAAACACAUGGAAUAUUCUUAGAAACGAUUGAAAAUCUUGAUCUGAAUGCUAACACUGCAAGUCCAACACAGUUCGACGCUGCUAUCAAUGCCUACACGGAAGACACAAAUCAUUAUCUGUUUGGGAAAUUCUUAAGGCAAUGGCGACGUGUAAGAAAAGAGAACCCUUGGGUGAGUAAUGGAGCAUGACCAGAAUACGAAAUUUCGUCACACUCCUAGGAGCAGUCUUGUGUAGGAACUGGAAGACAAUCUUUACUUGGACGCGAUCUAUCUGCUUUCCGCAUUUAUGUCAGUAAAAGUGGAUAAUAUGCAGUUGUAUUAUCAGAUACACUAUAGAUAUCUUUCAUUUUCCGGCAUUUCUAGUACUCAAUAAGUUAUGCUUUGAUAUAACAAUUGGUUUAAUGUAUUCCCAGCAAUGUAAUUACUCUGUCUUGCGAAACAGUUGCAUAUAUUGAAUCUUAAAAAUAUUCUUUGUUGUAGGAUCCUGUAGAAAUUAGAAAGAAUAACGAGGUAUGACUUCGCGGCCUCGUAUACCUAGACGCCUUGAAGUGCCGUUGAAGUUUCAACACGUAUCACGCGACGGCAUAGCACACCAAAGCCCCUGGGUACGAGGCUGUACAAAGUGAAUAUUGUUUAAAACUGAGGGAUAAGGUUGUAAAAAAUUGUAAAGUGCAUUACAAAAUCUUCAUUUGCUUGGUAAAAACUUUGAUAAGAUUUCUCUUAAGAAAUGCUCUUCUCAGGUUUCAAAAAUGUAAAAUGUUUCUGGAGGAGUAUGUCCGCGGACCCUGAGUUGAAUCCCCCCCCAAUAACAAUUUUCUAACAACGGCACUGUUUAAAUUAAAUUAACCUUACCUCAGAUGGGUUUAUUUCUUUAUAAUGAUAUAUGCUUACUGGACCUCCAAUGCUGAAAUGCUAAUAGCUAGUGUUAAUUGCUAUAGGGAGCAUAUCUUUUAUCGUUUAGAAAAGGGUAAAGGAUCAACAAACUAUGCAAAAUAUGGAAGGAGUUAUAGGGCAACUAGAUGCAGAAACAUCAUCGUUUAAAAAUCUUUACUCAGGUUAGCAAAUGACCACUUUUUGAAUGAUCUUAUAAUAAAACAGGCACUUGUAUUAGAUUAAAAUUAGAUAGAUUCGCUUCUUACAAGUUGUCCAUUAGACUACUACGAAACGUAACCUGAAUUUAUCAGUUUCUUUACGCUACUCCUACAUGCACAUAUCCGGCUUGAAGGACCAUAUGUUGUUCCGCCGAAAAUUACAUAUUUCUUCACAAAACUGGCAGAUUUUUAUUCGUACCCCAGUUAUACCGCAUUCGCUUUUUACGACAUUAACAUAAUUAUGCCGUUCAGGAGUAAUAUCUGCCCCCAAUUUUCCCAAACAAUUUUCGUUUUAUUUUAUAUUAUUAUCGCAGUUUUAAGUGUUAAGAUAUUCCUGAAAUCGUUAAAUUCGAUGUCGUGACAAGUGAAUCCGGUAUCGUGUAACUGUAAAGUUUAUGGAAAUCUUUUAAUGCGGUGUCAAGCGAAACUUCUGCGAAAUGCUGAUCGACCAACCUUGACGGCUCAUAAAUUUUGCGCGAAAUACAUGUGUGCGAAAUACAUGAUGCUUGCUAGAUACAUAACUACAAUCCUAGACAAAUAACAUGCGGACGCUGAUUAUAAUCAGCCGUAUUCCCCGCUGCCCCGUUACAAUGUUGUUAGUACAGAUACCGCAAUAGUUGCCAUAAUGACUGAAGUGUUCAUCAACAUUGUUUCAGGGGGGGGGACCGACUUUAUGAAGUAUAUAUGAGAAUGUUUCAAAAAAAUAAUUUAUUUGCUAUGUUUGUCCGAGUAAAUUUGUCUAUGAUUGUAGGUCGAAAACAUCUUUUGAAGGUUUAUAUGAUAUUUUACCUUUGAUAUUUUGUAAUAAUGUAUCGCAUGUACCUGUGAAAAUGGAUUCAGUUUUUUAUGAGAUUAGUCUAUGAGAUCUGUCAUGAAAUUAGGAAUGACGGUGGUUAAUGUAAACAUAGUUGCCAGUUUUCAUUCAUUUUUGAUCCUCUAUCUGCCUGACUAUCUUUUAUUCUCUUUUACACAGGUGGCGACGUUACAAUAUCAUUCCCAACACAAAGCGCUAGUACUUACAUGAUUGAUAGGGGAUCUCCUGAGAUGGAUUCGAUUAUGGCUUGUUUCUCGGGAAAAUUAACAUCACCGCGAUCCUCAAGUCAUAUUAUAUCCUAUGCAACAACGGCCCAUGAUAACUCUUUCCUCGUUUACACGACGCGCUCUAAUGCAAGACUUACUUUGGUUGAUAAACAUAAGUUAGUCUUUUUUCUUUGCAAUAUUACUCUUAAAUAAUUAUCUCAUUUGUGGCACGUGGCUUUAGAUAAAUACAAUGUAACCGGCCGUCUACGUUGUACGAACCGCCGCGUAAAGGUCCAGACACACCGGACGCGAAUCGAGAACGCGACGCGAUUUUUUAGUUUUUGAAAGUUAAUAAAACGGCCAAUGAGAGCAAAUUUUGAAAUGUAUGUAGACCAAAUAACUCAAAGUGUUAUAACCUUCUAAAUAUUUGGAAAAUUUAAACUAGGAUCAAGGUUAACAAGUGAAAAAUGUUGCUCGCCCCGACCAGCUACAUACAUAAAUAAACAAAAUGGCUGCACAACUUGUAAGUUUAUAACCCAACAGCCACAGGAUAUACUGCUAAAACCAUUUAAGUAGGUUCUUUUAAUUUUAAACUCGUUCACACUAUAGAGUUUUUGUCAUGAAAUGUAUUGUUGUAUGAAUGCUGGUGAUUUCUCUUUCGUUGCUAUAAGGGUGUCCCGAAAAAAGUACACCUUUUGAAGAAAGUUUUCAGUGUUUUCUAUUGUAAUCAUUUGAAUGCCUGAGCAAAAUGCUGACCCACGAAAGCGUCAAAUACAGGGUGUAUUGAAAAAACAAGACCUUCCUGAGAAUAUCUUUAUUCGUUGUACUCAAAUUAUUGGAAUAUAUUUACAGGUAUUAUGACAUAAACACGUUUGGAAUGAAAGAUGGGAAGUGGCAUGGAUGGUGCUUCUACUGGGACGCUACUGGUACCAACAAUGUGUAUAAAGAUGGAAAAAUCGUUUACAACUCUCAGAAUUCAAGAACAGAAAACAUGCCCGGGGGUGGGACGUGGGUGCUAGGGCAAGAUCAAGAUGGAAUCGGUCGCAACUUUGAAGAAGGCCAAGCGUUUAUCGGAGAAAUCAGGGAUGUGAAUAUUUAUGGCAAUUUUGAUAAAAACUAUUUUAAAACAGUAGUUGGACCAGCUGUUAGUAGCUCAAACACAUGUAACCUAAAAUACAAAGGAAACCUAAUUAAAUCCUGGGAUGAAUUUAAAUUGGGCUUCGUUGGAAAUUAUGCAACAAUGGUCAAGAGUUCCUCUUGCUCAAAUUGACAUCUCAAGAUGAAUAUUUGUUAUCGGCCAUACUUGGCUGAAAGAUAGUUUGUAUAACACGUAUGGUAAUACGAUGUCAGACACUAAAUCUGUAAUAAUUGUUUUUAAGUAGAAAUUAAAACUAGUUACGAACGUGUUCUGUCUCGUUUCAUAUUAUAACCCACUGAUAUCACUGACAGCCCAGCAAACAUACGGU